GGAUUCGCUCUCCUGCUCUGUAUUUGGGAGGCAGAUAAAAUGCCAGGUCUGUGUAGCCUCCGGAGAGAGCUAGGCUGCCUUGUGAUGGAAAGGAGCUCACUCUAGGCUCUGGGGCAAUAACGUCCAACAGACACUGGGAAGGCAAAACACAGGAGGGCUCCACGUUCAGGAUUUAUGUGGAGAGGGAUUUUUAAUCCCCCGGCGUUGAUGCUCUGCUGCUCCAUCAUUCACUCUUAAUUCAUCAAGUGGUGCUUUCUGGAAUAUCAAACCUCCAUGUACGAUAAUUUGUACCUACAUGGAUUUGAAGACUCGGAGGCGGGUUCAGCUGAUUCCUACACUAGCCGACCAUCUGACUCAGAUGUGUCUCUGGAGGAGGAGCGGGAAAGCGGCCGGCAGGAGAAGGAGCAGCAGGCGGCGGUGCAGCUGGAGAGGGCUAAGGCCAAAGCAGUGGCCUUCGCUGUGAAGACGAACGUCAGCUACUGUGGAGCCCUGGAUGAGGACGUCCCUGUGGCUGGGACAGCCAUCUCCUUUGAUGCCAAGGACUUCCUGCACAUCAAAGAGAAGUACAGCAAUGACUGGUGGAUCGGUCGCCUGGUGAAGGAGGGCUGUGACACCGGCUUCAUCCCCAGCCCUCUCAAACUGGAGAACAUCCGUCUCCAGCAGGAGCAGAAGCGAGGACGUUUCCACGGGUACGUGGAAGGCAUGGGGGCAGAGGCACGAUGGAGGGGUAAGUCCAGUGGGAAUUCCUCCUCCAGUCUAGGAGACAUGGUCUCAGGCUCAUUCAAACCCAACCCCACCUCUGCAGGAAAACAAAAGCAGAAAGUGGCAGAGAACAUCCCUCCCUAUGACGUGGUGCCCUCCAUGAGACCAGUGGUCCUAGUAGGACCGUCCCUGAAGGGAUAUGAGGUGACUGACAUGAUGCAGAAAGCACUAUUUGACUUCCUGAAGCACAGGUUUGAUGGCAGGAUAUCCAUCACAAGGGUGACAGCAGACAUAUCUCUGGCUAAGAGGUCAGUCCUAAACAACCCCAGCAAGAGGGCCAUCAUAGAGCGGUCCAACACCAGGUCCAGUCUAGCGGAGGUACAGAGUGAGAUUGAGAGGAUCUUUGAGUUGGCCAGGUCCUUACAGCUAGUGGUGUUGGAUGCUGACACAAUCAACCACCCAGCUCAGCUGAUAAAGACCUCAUUAGCCCCCAUCAUUGUCCAUGUUAAAGUGUCCUCCCCUAAGGUCCUGCAGCGUCUGAUUAAAUCAAGGGGGAAAUCCCAGAGUAAACACUUGAACGUGCAGCUUGUAGCAGCAGACAAGCUAGCACAGUGCCCUCCCGAGAUGUUUGACAUCAUCUUGGAUGAGAACCAGCUGGAGGAUGCAUGCGAGCACCUGGCAGAGUACCUUGAGGCCUAUUGGCGUGCCACCCACACCUCCCUCAGCACACCCCUCAACCCUCUGUUGGGACGUAACCUGGGCUCCACUGCCCUCUCCCCAUACCCCACUGCCAUAUCUGGUGUACAGGGCCAAAAAAACAGGAACAGCAAUCACACACAAGAAGACCACACGCCCAUCGAAAGGCGCAGUCUGAUGCCCUCAGAUGAGAACUACCACAAUGAGUGGACACGCAAGAGCUGCAACCGGCUGUCCUCUGGGUCCAUGCCGAGCCGAGACCACUACCCCCUAGAGGAGGAAGACUACCAAGACCCUUACCAGGACUCCUAUAAGCCUCACCGCAAUAGGGGCUCCCCUGGGGGCUACAGUCAAGACUCCAGACACAGGCUUUGAGUGGACACCAUAUAAAACCUCAUUGACCCCCCCACCCCCCGCCCCGCCCCGUUGUCUCCCCUCCUUGAAACAACAUUGGGGCAACUAUUUAGGCUCCAGUGCCAAUUUUGUUUUCUAAAGUGUAGCACUUCACUUCCCUCUGGCACUGCUUCCUACGGGACAUCUGGGAAAUCCAAUCUGGGAACAUAUCGUUUUUGUAGUUGUUGAAAGGGAUCCUUUUGUCUUGUAAAGAUCAUUGUUUAGGGGGGAUGCCUGAACUGGGAAGUCCUGUGGCUGAAUGGAAGGAGUACCCAUGUGGGACAGGUGUUAUUACUGUCCCAUGGGCUCACUUCUGCACUGCCCUCCCCUUCCCUCCCUCCCCUACUCACCCAGUUCCAGCACCAAGUGUCCUGGGAUCAGCACAGUGGAAACUCUUAGCACGUUGUAUCCAGGAGCUGAAAACAGCAGAGGGCAAUGCAUCUUUAAUAAUCUAACUAAGUUGUUUGAAACUGUAUUGGAUGUGCGUGUUUCCAGUCCUGUGCAUCCCGCUUUUCAGAACAAGUGAAGUUUCUGUUUGGCUAACAUGUCCAGUGAUUUUAGCUGAUUUUUUGGGUGGGGGUGAGGGUGGGAGGGUCACAAUUUUAAUUACAGUCAAUUAAACUUUUGAGUGAUAUUGGAGUCCCACAUCAGGGCAAAACUUUAUUUUUGAGGAUAGAGAACAAUAUUAGUAGCAAGGUCUUUACCUUGGUCUCUUUUAGGAAAGUGGGAUAAUUUUUUAAUAUACAUUUACAGUAUUUCAAGUCAUUGCGUAUCAAAGGAAUAUGCUUCACUCCUAGUUUAACUACAGUAUACACGUUCAACCUGAGCAUUACAUGUGGGGUAAUUCAUGCUGAAUCUAAUUGCCUAAAGAAUUUCUGUAUGUGAGUGGUCAGAGCAGAAUAGUAUUCCCAAUGAGGGGGAUUUUUGAUUGUCAGAAUAUUGCUUCCAGUUUUAAGCUGCCUCUGAUAAGUAAAGGCUGGCUAACUCUGUUGGAGCAGGGAACACAGGUCCUAUUUUGCAAAAUAGAAAUAUCUAUGUAGCUUUGGUUUAGGAUGAUCAUGCCAGCAUGUCUAUUUUUCAAUAUACAAUAUGCCAUGCAUUUAUCCAGUGCUAAAAUAUGUCAUGUAUGUCUGUUAGGCUGGAUCAGACAAUAGAAAAAGGGUUUGCUAGUGAGUGACAUAUGUUAAAGUCAUUACGAAAUAGAAAUUAGUCAAGACAAAAGGGGUGGAAAAAAGCUUCAAAUAUUGUUGAACUCACAGUUGGUUGCUGCACACGAAUCAACUCAAUUGUACUAAUUAUGAAUCAUGAUUCCAAAAUGCGGUGGGUUUUUGUUCCUGCCUGGAAGUCUUCCAAUAGCUUUGCCGUUUAGUUCCUCUUCAUGCAUUUUGAAGCUUACUUUAUGUGAAAGUAUUCAACAGUAUUCUCUGAUGAUCACUUCUGCUUGUAAAGAAAUAUGUUGCAGAUUAAAUAACUAUCCCUAUCACCUAGUAACAGUUUUAAAUAAUCUAAAAAUAGUUUAUUUGGUUAAUCUACAUAAUAAUAUAUGAUAAUUGUCAUCCAGAACAUAUGUUUUACUGUAUCUUUUGAAUUGGCAUGAAGUUUAAUACAGACACUGCUUUCUACAAAAACUGUAGCCUACUUCUUCAGUUCAAUAUCAGCCAACAUUUUAUUUGUAUUACAAAGUGCAGAUGGAACUUAUUGUCCUUACUGUAUGAUACAGGUUAGUUAUACUUAUUUAUAGCUUUUUCCACCUAUGAACAGAAAUUAUAUGUAUUUCUUAGUAGCUAUGGAGCAUUGUUUGGCUGCUGUUCCUGUUCACAUGUAGCAUUUUCAGUGAAUGUGACCAAACUUCAGAGGUUGAUUAACUAUAACAAACUGUCAAUUUAAAGCAUCUGUUUCUCUUUGGACCGAACAUGCCUUGGAAUGUCUCCUAGAACUGUACUGUGUGUGAUUGACAACUACCUGUAGUUGACAUUUCAUCAGGGUCAAUCGGAGAUCAGGAGAAAUUGGAUAACAUGCUGGUUCAUCAGUAUUCCAAAAUAUGUUUCUUUUAUUUGUAAUUCUAGAUUAAAUAACACUGGAGAGCAAGCAAUGAUUUGAUUUCAAAUCCUUUGAAAACUGUCUGUGAGAGACCAAUGCAUUGCAUUAAAGUGAUUUUGUUUGUACUGCCAAUUUACAGUUGUAUUGUAAUAAAUUUCCCUAAUUCUGUUG